GCGGGUUUCCUCUUUCUUCUAGUUCGUGUUAAGAAACGGCGAAUCGUAUCGAACCGCCGUCGCCACUUAACCGGUGUUGAAUCUCUCUUUUGUUCCGUCGCAGAGAGAAUCUCAAAAUGGCUCAUGUCGCGCGAAGCCGGAACGUGAUCCGGCAUGUAGUAUCCAGAGGAACAGCUCUCCACAAAUCAGAGAAUGCGAUGCAUCAUCCUCUCCUUUUCGCUUGUCAAGGAGUUCGAUACAGAAAACUGGAAGUGAUUCUCACCACGGGAGUAGAGAAGCUAGGGAAAGGUGGGGAGACGGUGAAGGUAGCUCCUGGUUACUUCAGGAAUCACCUUAUGCCUAAACUCCUUGCUGUCCCCAACAUUGACAAGUAUGCUCAUCUCAUCCGUGAGCAACGCAAGAUGCGUAAUUAUGAAGAAAAGGAAGAGGUUAAAGUGGUUCACAAAACUUCUGAGGUCCAGACAAGAGAGUUUGAAAAGGCCGCUAAGCGUCUGGCUAAUGCCAACUUGGUAUUGAGGAAGUUAAUUGACAAGGAGAAGUUCAAAAACCGCUCCUCAAAGGAGGACAAACCAGACGUACAAACACCUGUGACAAAGGAAGAGAUUGUCUCUGAGGUGGCGAGGCAGCUGUGUGUGAAGAUUGAUCCGGACAAUGUGGUUCUUACAGAACCAUUGGCAACUUUUGGCGAGUAUGAGGUUCCUUUGAAGUUCCCCAAGACUAUUCCUUUGCCACCAGGAACUGUUCAGUGGAUUCUCAAAGUCAAAGUCCGUGGCCAUUAAAAAUCUUCUUCGGUCUCUUUCAUUUAGCCCCUGGUAUUUCAGAAAAUCAUUCUAGUUUGACGAUGCCUCACUUGCAUUUUCCUUCAUUUGUCUUUUACUUGUAGUUGUGUAAACCGGGUAUAUCUGGUUUACAGUUUAAACCAUGAUUCGACGGGACAUUAAUAAAGUUUUGGUUUUGUUAAAUUACUAAAUUUGAUGCACACAUGCGAAUGUGAUCAUUUCACAGUUAAGAAAUUUUGCCUAUUUUGUGAG